ACAUGGCUGACCAUUACGAACAGUUAGGUAAGGCAACAAACGUACACUUUGACAUUUGACAGACAAAACAGAUUCAUAUUUAUAUAUUUUCAUAUUUGUUGAUAUCCAAUUAUGACCUAAGGACCUUUUCUGAACUUAUAUCAGCCGUUUUUCAUUAAUAAAUGGUUAAUUAACGCUGCAACUGAGAAAAGUGAUGCUUUGUACCUCUCAUUUUAUCUUGCACCAAAAAAAAAAAAAAGUCACAAACAAUUCCUUAAGUUGUAAUUUACAAGAAAAAAAAAAGUUUGCAAUAAAAAUGUCAAAUGAUGCAUGAUAAAGCAUACUUUGAGUCAUAAUAUUACUAGGAAAAAAAUGUUAUGGGGGUGGAGGGAAGGUUUACAGGAAGAAAGGCACAUUACAAGGAAGAAAUGAAAAAUGAUUGGAGACUAAAGAUGGCAAAAAAUUGAAAAAAAGUUCUUCAAUUUGAGACAUUUGUAAUUAAGAAUAAAAUAAAUACAUAAGAAAAACUCGGUAAUUUUGCAGGAGUAAGUCAAAACCUUAAAAAAAACUGUAACCAAGUACUGGUUCAAUUAAAAUGCGUUGCACAUAAAUGGUAACCAAAAAUGGAAUUUAAAUACAAGUUUGAAAACAAGAUGAAAUGCAAAUGUGUUGAAUUUAAAGUUGAAUAAACGGCAACGAUGCAUUCGCGGACCAAUCGUUGAUAGCGCAACUGACAAUCGUUGUUGACCUAAGAUAAAGAAGGGGGGGGGUAAUGAAAAAUUACAGUUAUGGUGAUUUCCAUACUAGUAGAGAAUAACAAACAGGUGCAAGUUUCGUGGCCCACUUUUGGUUUGUUAUGUGACACAAUCAAAUAUCUUGUGAUUUUUUUUUAAAUUAGAAAUUACGAUAUAUAGCUCCUAAUUUUAAUAAAAGACUGGAAAAAUGUAAAAAAAAAAAAGCUAAUUGAUUUGUUUUGUUUACUAAUGCAAAGUUACACUUUUUAUACAUCCUUCAGUAAAGUAAACAUUUUGGAUUGAGUCUUAUCGCCAAAUUCCAAAUACUUCAAAUUCAUCUUACAGCAUUUCUUGAAAAACAAAAAAUACAGUCAAACUAUCCCCGAAAAGGUCAUUUUUUUUUGUUCUUUUUUUUUUUUUUACAGCUGUAUGUAUUUUGCAACCGCGGCUGAAUUUCUUGUCGCAUUUUUAGGCAAAUUUGAGGCGACGGACCGCUGCUGCCGCACGCACGACCACUGCCCCCACGUCAUCCACGCCUUCUCCUCCAAAUACGGCUACACCAACUUCAAGUGGCACUCCAUCUGUCACUGCGACUGCGACGAGGCGUUGAGAGGUUGCCUGCGCCAGGUCAACGACACGUCCUCCAUGGUGGUCGGGCAGGUGUUCUUCAACGUGAUCGGCGCGCCUUGCUUUGACUUUGUCUUCGAGGAGCGGUGUGCGGAGCGCCACUGGUACGGCUUGUGCAAAGAGUUCGAGAAGGUCCCCGUUGCCGUGGUGAGAGAGGCCAUCCCGUACGACUACGGCGGUAACGUGUUGACCGUGCCCCCCGCCAAGAUGAAGGACGACAACAAGCAGGAGAGCGCAACGCAAGCCACCUUGUACGGCCCCGAGGAACAUUCCCUCGGUAACGUGGUCACCGCCGCCAAGGACUUCAUCAAGGUGCUCGCCACGGUCUCCUCCACAUCCGCCGCCGAAUCCGACAAAGAGUCGCAAAGCUCUUCGAUGAAAAAGAACAAAGACAGCGCCGAGAAGAAGAAGAAGAAGAAACAGGGAAAAGGGCGGAAAAGAAAGCAAAAACUACUCCAACAAGGAGCUACAGUUUCACCUUCAGGAGGAAAAACAGAAGUAGAAGACGUCCCCGUGACUAACUUCAUCGCUGACCACCAGACGGACACACAGAGACAGAGUGAGGGUCACUCUGAGCCUUCCAAUGACAUCUUGAAGGCUGCACCACUGAUGGACACGGUCAAGUCUCCUCUCGUACCAGGAGAAAACGCAUGUCCUGCUUGGUCUCCACCUGGGAAAGGCAGGAACAAGGAGAAGGUACCCUCGACUUCCCCUGAGGAUGUUUUCCAACUUGCAGUCAACUCUACUGACAACUUCUCCGCUACCGUGAAGCCACAACCUGAACAAGAACACCCUUUUGAGGAAAUCCCUCAGCCUGCAGUCAACGUCACUGACAUCUUGGGUGUCACGACUCCUCCAAAAGCAGGGAAAAAAAGACCUCCUGCUGUGUCUCUACUGAAAAACAGCCGGCCCAGGAAGGGCAGGAGAAAGGAGAAGUUACUUGCGAUGUCUCUUGAGGAGAUCCCACAACCUGUGGUCGACUCCACCAAUAACGUCAACACCAUCGCGAUGUUAGAACCAGAACAAGAACGCCCUGGGGAGAUGACCCCUCAACCUGGAGUCGACUCCAGCAUCCCGAGUGUCCAUUCCAUCCUUGCAAUUCCGACGUCACAACAUCGGAACCACGCUUCCACCCCAAUUUCGCUAAGACUAUCCGGUGAGAAGAUGUCUCAACCUGUGGUUGACUACAUCAACACCCUCAGUGUCACAUCUCCUAUGCCAGUAAAAGAAACCAGUCCAACUCCUGGGGCCAUCUCAAAAACCAUCCCACCAAGGAAGGGCAGGCAAAAGGAGAAGGUGCUUGCAACUUCCCCCCAGGAGAUCCUUCCACUUGUGGCAGACCCCACAUGGAACCAGAGUACCACUUCAAUCCCCACCAUCCUGACAUUACAACAAUAUCCGAACAAACCGAUCCCUCAGCCUGCACUGGAUUUCAUAGACAAGCUCAGUGUCACACCUCCUCUGACACCAGAAGAAACCAGCCCUCCUGGUGAGUCGAGGUCUAAAAACAGGCGACCAAGGAAAGGGAAGAGAAAGUACAGAGAACCCGUGACUUCCCCAAAGGAGAUCUCUCAACCUGCAGUCAAUGCCACCAACACCUUGACAUCCCAACUCAAACGUGGAGAGAUCGUUCGACCGAGUGUAGACUCCACUGCCGUCAGUAUAAUAGUCCCGGCAUCUCAACCCAAACGAAAACACCCUGAUGAGGAGAUCCCUCAACCUGCGAUAUACUCCACUGCCACUUCCAUCCCCGCCAUCGUUAACUCUCAACAUGUAAUUGACUCCACCGACAACUCGAGUUCUACUUCCAUCCCGGCGUUAAAACUCAAACACCAAGACCCCAUCGACGGACAAUCUGUCCCCGGCCUCCCAGGCGCCCCUGACGUCAAAAGAAACCGAUUACAAGAUAAAGGAGAACACAAGCACAGGAAGAAGAAGAGGAAAGUGCGGCUGGAUUCAGGCGCUACAGGCACAACGCAGGGGCUCACUGCUGAUCUUGUGCAAUGUCCGGACUUUGUUACAGACGGGAUUCUGAACGUUAGCCAUCUGACGGGACAAGGGUCCAGAGAAGGGUGUAGGAGGAAUAAAAGGAUGAAAGCAACUUCUGAAAAUGUGUUAGCGAAAAGUCUCACAAGGACCACACCGGCCGACCCAGACAUCAGCGACACGUGGAGACCCAAGGCCAAGAAGCCAGGGAGGAACGCUACGUCCACUGAUGUCCGCACCGGACUUUCAAUUUCAGAGUUCCCAGGUUUGACGUUGACACGCCUUCCUGUCAAGGAGGGAGUCCAACAUUCGAGAACCAGUUGGGCCCUCGCCCCAAAGAUGAGCGCCAUGCAACGCUCGAUGGAGAGAGCGAGAGAGCAGUUUGCCUGGAAGAAGAGAAGAAAAGCAGCUCUGUUCAGCAGACCACAUUGACACUGGCCCCUGAGCCGAAUUUGCUGAUGGACGACAUUCAGUCCAACGUUCUUCCAUCAUUUAAAAUGUCAAUUUUGAAAAUCACAGAAAUGAUAUUUGAAUGGAAUGUGAGGCUCAUAUGCUGUGAAUAAAUCGAACCAAAAAGUACAUCUGGAGUUUCUGUUUAAAAAAAGGUCAGCGGUUAGCCAAUCACUUUCUCCUAUCCAGGCCGUUUAUGCUCAGGUUUACAAAUGAAAGGGUCUUUAGUUGAUUGUGCGAGGAACCGGAUGCACUGAAGCACGAAAAUUCGGACCGGGCUGUACUCAGGAGAUUCGGGUAAGUGAGGAAAUUGUGGUCUCAAAGCCGCAUUACUUUCUUUCCCUCAAGCGAAUGCACGCAGAGAUGGCGAGACAAUUUUCCUGAACUGGGCUCUUUUGUUCCAGCCGGACUCUGACCUCGCGCUCGCCGCCCUCCGUGUGAUUUGGAGGGGAGGUCGCAUUCCCCAAACAGAUUUAGCGACUUACUUUCUCCUCCUAACAUUGCGGCAAAGACGCCCAAAUCGUUCAGCUGACUCUCACGUGCUUUCCUAAGACUUCUCACACACGAAGCCGCUGUCAUGUCUGCCACGUCACCUGCGCGAUUAGCAGCUAGCGGAUGUAGCGUGGGACGAUCUGUGCCAAAGCAGCGCUAAAAAACUAACAAGUAUUUCGUAAUCGACUUUGGAAUGUUUUUUGGGAGCCACCCAAGCAUUGAAAAUAUUUUUGGCACAACAGAGGAAGACGGGCAUUUUAGUCGAGGAUUUUUUUUUUUUUUUUAUUCCGAAAUCGCGAUGGAAUUUUGUUGGCGAGCAAACAAGCACCGACAAUGUCAGAAAAAAAUGCCCGACUUACUCGAAAUGCUGUUCAAGGUGUCAGUUUGCAGUUCCGGCAGGUGUUGACGCGGCAAACCUUUUCCACCGCUGUGCCCUUCGCUGGUUCCAUUCCGGGUCAGCGCCCUCCACUUGGUCACAGUGCAGGGGGACUGUAAUGCCUCUAAAUGUGAAAUCUGCUGGAUUUGGGUUGACAACAAACUUGAAUUGACUCUUCCUAGGCCAGGUAACCAACCAACCGACAAUUACAUACCGACUAAUUAAUAAAGCAACCAGCUAACCACAUGACAGUCCAACCGAGUAACUAGCUAAAGGAACCGCAAACCAAUGGACUGACCAACAACCAAUUCAGGAAUCAACCAACUGCAGCAAACAAUCUCUGGAUCUAUCGACCAGCCAACCAAGCGACCGACCUGUUCAGACUGCGACCUCCGCAGAGCAGAAGUGACAUUCCACGGCUGGCUGGCGGCCUCCAUACUGACGCCUCGUGGGGCCUUUGGUCCAAAAUGAACUCGACGCGCCACACAACGCGCAAGAUUGAUUGUUUCGGGAGUCCAUCGGCCGCCUUCAUCAAUGAUGCACGGCCUCGAGACCACCUUCUCAAUAUGAUUAAGCAGAGGAACCAUCGACUGCCUUUUGAGCCGCUGAUGACUGGAGGACGGAAAAUGGCCAAUUUUGACUGAUUUUCUUCCUUAAUCAUCAUAUUUUUUUUUCUUAUGAAAGACAAGUAUUACUGUUGAUCAUAUUUGAAAUGAAUGUUAUGUUGAUUUCUAUUCUUCUAUGACAUCAUUAAAAUGAUUCAUUUAGCGGCGGCACGGUUCAGAGGACGGGGGUUCAAAUCCCGGCCUCGCCAGUGUGGAGUUUGCAUGUUCUGCCCGUGGCUGCGUGGCUUUUCUCCGGGUGGGCACUCCGGUUUCCUCCCAUUCAUUGGACACUCUAAAUUCGAAAUUCCCCAUCUACCCUGUGAUUGUCUGGCAACCAGUUCAGGGUGGACCCAGCCUCCUAGGCUCUGGCACUCUGUCGGCCCUUUUGAGGAUAAGCAACUCAGAAAACGGAUGGAUGGCUUCAUCUAGCAGGCCUCAUCUAAAGACAUCUAGUGGACAUUUGUGGUAAUUUUUAGAUUGGGGGGGGGGGGAAAGUAGUGUUUGUAAAAUAUGUAUUUGAAACCCUAACCUAAAUAUUUAUUAGUAUUAUAUUAUUAGUUGCAAUUAUUUGAAAAAAUGAAUACAAUAAAUGUCUCAAAAGUAUCUCAACUCAACUUCAAUCAUAAAACACUUCUAAAAACAACCAGUUGGAAACUCAGAAUGUAAA